UCUGUCAAACGUAAAAAAUAAGGUUUUGUGUCGUUCGUGAGUCAAUUUCUAGCGUCUUCGUCCCUUCUUUAAUUCAAAAUAAUAUUCCCAUUUAAAAAAUAUGCACAUUUCUAUAUAAAUUAUUAUUAAAACUUCCGCCGCCAAAAAGUUCCAUUCCAUAAAUUCUAAAUAAACCAUCCAUAAAAUGUAUACAAGAGAAAAAGAAAUUCGCAAGUUAACUUCAAUUCAAUUAUACGAGUUGGCGCAAAUUCUAGAUCUAAAUGAUUCUUGGAGGAAACUUAUGCGCAUCAUACCAAAAAACCCAUUCUCUGAUUCACCUCAAGAUAUACAAACCUACAAAUAUAAUUCGGACCAUGAACGAUUGAUAGAGAAUGCGAGCAAGAAUCAAAACCGUAUGGCUGCCGAGAUUCUUUUUGAAGAAUGGGGUACAUCGGGAAGAGUACGUCCUACGUUGGGUGUUCUGCUGGAGCUGCUGGCUAGAGCACAUCUUUUCAGAGCAGCUGAUCUAGUCGCAAUAAGAUAUCUAAAUGAGCCACCCCCAGCUAGACCAUCACAAGGACCUGCAGCCAGAAUUGAUAUCUCUAUUCCACUUGAUACUGAAUUUGUGCAGGGCGUAGAAGAUAUGCUUGAAAAUGCAGAUUCUCUAGGCACAAAUACACUCAAUGACAACGCCGAUCCCUCCAGAUUGGCUGACAAUAACAUUGACUACUAUGAGAAAUACACUCCCAACGUUAAACGACUCAGCAUUAUACCUCAGACCAAGAGCUCAAACGAAUUAAAUCCUUCCUCUACCAAUGACAACAACAAUAAAGUGGAAGCUUCAAUACAGCAUUCGGAUCUUAUGAAAUUUUCCUCAAAAACCAUUACUGCUUCGGAAGAAGACAUUCCUAUGCUAUCAGUAUUUAACCAGACUAAUACUGCUUCAGCAGAAUCUAAUAACAGCUCAGACACAAUUAAUGCUGACCAAAUGUCGUCAGUUUCGGGAGAUUUGCCAAUUCUAAGUGCUCUGGUCCAGAACACUUCGACAUCAAAACACAUUCCCAACGACAAUCGCCUUAGCAUCUCAAAUAAUACAAUUGUUAGAGAUAAUUCUAGUUCGUCGUCGGCAGUCGAUAAAAACAACGAGAAUAUAGCACCCAAGCAGCCUUCGGAACUGAUGAAAUUUUCAUCAACCAGUGUUACAGAAGCACAUGACAACAUUCCAAUGUUAUCAGAACUUAAUCAAUCCACUUCUGACCACCAGAAAUUGACGUCGUCGGUGUCGUUGGAUCUACCAAACCUUAGUGCUUUUAAUGCUCAGUCCUCUCUGGGAGACAUCAUUCCAAAUUUAUCCACCCUCAACGUACAUGACACAUCACAGCCAGGUAGCUCUGAUAAGACCAAUUCAAAAGCCCUCCAUGAUUUGUCUCCAUCGAGACAAUCAUUAUCCAGUGGUGAUAGUACUAUUUCUAGCACGUCCGAUGACGAUGACAUUUCAGCACCUAACCUGAGUAUGUUGGAUCAACGAAGUUCAAACAAUGACUCCAGCCUAACGAAUGUGACGGCGACUAGUGAAGAGAACAGCUUUGAAAUUAGUCUCAAUGAAAGAUCAACAUCCUUUGACAACAUUCCAUGUCUGAGUGCUUUAAAAUGAAUGCGAACGUGAAUUGAAUUUUUAGACAGUUCAAAGGUUACCAACCUAAACGAAGGCUUUUAAAUUCUUGUCAAAUUGUUACAAAUUUGUUAAAAUAAAGUGAUCAUUUAUAUUUUUGUAUACAAAUU